CCAAUAUGGGCUCACAUGCGAUUUGAUCAGCUGUUGAACAGAUUAGAUAAAAUGUUAUGACUCAAAUGUUCAGUCUUUCUGAUCUUCAGAUCUCCCACACAUGAGGUGAAUCAUUUCUAAUUUCUCACGGAAGGGUUAAGAGUCAGAAUGCCACAUUUAAAGUUACUUUUGUAAAAACAUAAAUAAGCCUGCUGCUUUACUUCUUUGCUAAGACACUGCACGUGGUCUUCAACAGAUUACUUUUAAACUUCUCAUUGUUAAACCAGGUAAGCUGCGUAACAGGUGUGAGAUUACUGCUUCAACAUGAACCAACAAAAACAGCAUUUCUUCUCGAUCUUCAUCGCCAUGUUGGCCCUGCUGUGCUCUGCCCAGGCCUUACCGAGAACAGACCCUCCCUUUAGUCACAGCGAUCCCUUCUUGUUCAUGUGGAACGCCCCGACUGAGCUGUGUGACAUCCGCUUUGGCAUGCCACUCGACCUCUCCUACUUCCAUUUUGUCAGUAGCACACUGAAGACAGCAACCAACCAGAGCAUCUCCAUAUUCUACACAGACCGCUUUGGGAUCUUUCCCUAUGUGGAUGAAGACACCGGGGAGAUGUAUGAUGAGGGCCUGCCACAGCUGAUAGACCUGAAGGACCACCACGAGCAGGCGGAGGUUGACAUCAAGUACUACAUCCCUACAGCCCAGCCAGGCCUUGCUGUGCUUGACUUUGAGGAGUGGAGGCCACAGUGGGUCCGAAACUGGGGCAGCAAAGACAUCUAUCGACAGAUUUCCAUUGAUAUAGUCCAGACUAAGAAUGCGUCGUUGUCUGAAGAUGAGGCAGAGGACCGGGCAAGAAUCCUGUUUGAACGUGCAGCCAAAAAGUACUUUCUCCGAUCCAUCCUUAUUGGGAAGAGGUUGAGGCCAAAUAGACUCUGGGGUUACUACUUGUACCCUGACUGCUACAACUAUGACUACAAUCAGGACAUGGAGGACUUCACUGGAGAGUGUCCCACCAUUGAGAAAGACAGGAAUGAUAAACUGCUGUGGCUCUGGAAAGAGUCCACAGCACUUUUUCCAUCCAUCUACCUGGAGCUGGUGCUCAGAGACUCAGAGCAGGCCCGGCUAUUCGUGCGGCAUCGAAUCCAGGAGGCCAUGAGAGUGUCGACACUCCCCAACAGCUCCUACUCCAUACCCAUCUAUGCCUACAUCCGCCCUGUGUACAAGGACAGCAUCGACGACUACAUGUCAGAGUUUGAUCUGGUGAACACCAUCGGAGAAGCUGCUGCUCUUGGUGCUGCCGGCGUCAUUUCCUGGGGAGACAUGAAUGUCACCGACACAGAGGAUUCCUGCUUUGAUGCUCGACGCCACCUGGAGCAGAUCAUGAACCCAUACAUCCUAAAUGUCUCCAAGGCAACACAUCUCUGCAGCAGGGCACUUUGCCAGGGUCAAGGUCGCUGCGUGAGGAAGCACUGGAAUGACAAUGUCUUCCUCCACCUCAACCCCCUGCGUUACCGAAUCCAACGGCAGCGCCGCGGCGGCCCCCUGACAGUUAGUGGUGACCUCUCGCAGGAUGACAUCAACUGGUUCGACCGCAACUUUGACUGCAUGUGCUACAGUGAGAAGCCGUGCAGAUCGGUCCUCGACUUCAACAUCAUCCAACCGGCGAUGGUCACCACAAGGAAUCGAAGUGCUGACAGGCCCGGCCCCCUACUGCUGGUCAUAAUACUACUCUGUUGGAUGUAUGUUGUGAUGUAAAUAUGAAUGAAAUAGCACAAACCUGAUGCCUCUCAUAGAGAACAUGUGGUUGCAGGUGGUUAAAGGACAAUUCCGCUGUUAUUUCAGCUUUCAGUUAUUUCAGAGUCUUUUAUUAGUCAUUUGUGACUGUUUUUACCAAUAAAGCUUUUUUAGUCAAAUAUCUCGGCUGCAUUCACACAACUUUCUUUCAGAAUAUGCACAUGAUCACAAUAUAAACUAUAAUAAUAUUUUGACCGAGCAGGCAAGAAUAACUGCACAGAAUCAGGCGGUGCCUCAGGGUGCCCCAGUAGCUGACCUGGUAGAGUGCGAGCCCCAUGAACUAAAGGCUAAAUCCUUUAGUUCAGUGGCCCAUGUAUGAUUCCAGUGUGUGGCCCUUUGCUGCAUGUUGCCUCCCCUCUCUCCCCCCUUUCCUGUCUCUAUCUUCAGCUCUCAUUGUCAAAUAAUAAUAAAAA